AACGAAAGGAUCAGAGAGAGGAGAGAGAAGUUCCAAAAUAUAGGAGAGAAAGAGGCGGUGCUAUCCAAACCGAUGGCCGCGAAGCCCGGCUUCCACUCGGAAUCCGGAGCCGAUCUCCAGGCGGCCCUCCUCCGUACCGGAAACGGCGGCGGAGGCGAGGAGGAGGAGAGGAUGGGGAUCGACGAGAUGCUGCGGCUGCACGCCGGCGAGUUCGGGCGGUGGCAGCUGCGGCACUUCUUGCUGACCUCCACCGCGUGGGCGCUGGAGGCCCUCCACACCAUGGUGAUGAUCUUCGCCGAUCGGGAGCCGACCUGGCGGUGCUCCGACAGGCCGUGCCCGGCCGACCCGUGCCUUCUCGGCCCGGGCGAGUGGGAGUGGGCCGGAGGUCCGGCCACCUCGACGGUGGUGGAGUGGGGGCUGGUUUGUGGCGACAAGUACAAGAUUGGACUCGUCCAGUCCUUAUUCUUCGCUGGAUGUAUGAUCGGUGCCGGUGUCUUUGGCCACCUAUCAGACUCCUUCCUCGGAAGGAAAGGAUCCCUCACCAUCGUCUGCAUUCUGAACACCGUCUUUGGCCUCCUAACUUCCAUGUCUCCAACCUACUGGAUCUAUGCCGGCCUCCGCUUCCUUACCGGCUUCAGCACCGGCGGCGUCGGCCUUUGUGCCUUCGUCCUUGCCACCGAACCGGUCGGCCCAACAAAGCGGGGAGCUGCAGGGAUGUCUACAUUCUACUUCUUCUCCAGCGGCAUCGCCCUCCUCUCCGGCAUCGCCUACCUCUUCCAAUCCUGGCGCUCCCUCUACAUCGUCACGUCCCUCCCCUCCUUCCUUUUCAUCAUCGCCGUCGUCCCAUUUAUCUCGGAAUCCCCUCGGUGGUACCUCGUGCGUCGCAGAAUCAACGAGGCGAUGGAUGUCAUGCGGGCGAUCGCCAACAGCAAUGGCAGGCACCUUCCCGAUGGCUUAACCCUUAAGCUUGAUGAUGACUACGAUGACAACGACGACUGUGAUGAGCUCCUUGUCGGAAAGGCUGUUUCGGGUACCAUCAUCGACGUGCUCCGCUCGCCGACGACUCGAAUUCGCCUCUUCCUAACGGUUGCCAUCAACUUCUUGUGCUCCGUUGUGUACUACGGCCUCAGCCUCAAUGUCGUCAACCUCAAGACCAAUCUCUACCUCAGUGUCCUCCUCAAUGCCGUUGCCGAGAUGCCGGCGUUUCUGCUAACAGCAGUGUUAUUGGACUACCUCGGAAGGAAGCCAUUGGGUGUUGGAACUAUGUGGCUCAGUGGUGUGUUUUGCAUCGUCGGAAGCUUGGUAGGUGGCGUUGGAGCGAUGAAGAUUGUGAGGAUGGUGUGUGGAACAGUAGGAAUUUUUGGGAUGGCGGCGACGUACAACUUGCUGUUUAUCUACACAGCAGAGUUGUUUCCGACGGUGGUGCGGAAUGCAGCGCUGGGGUGUGCGACGCAGGCAGGACAGAUGGGUGCGAUAUUGGCACCGCUGGUGGUGGUGUUUGGAGACGGGAUUCCGUUUGCCGUGUUUGGGGUGUGUGGGCUUGUGGCUGGGAUGCUGGCCUUCUUCUUGCCGGAGACGAUGAACCGGCCCUUUUAUGAUACGAUGGCCGGGCUGGAACAGGGAGAGAGCAAGGUUGUAGAGUGAAGACAAUUAGGACAUUGGAGCGCCAUGCAUAAAAAAUUUAACUAUAAAUAAAUAUAAAAUGAUAGUCUAUUAAGGACCUGUUCUAAUUUUGGACCUCGCCUGGCCCAUAUCCGGUGCAACUCGGUCCCAUCAUGAGUGCUUGUAUCUAAUGAUUGAUUUUCUUAGAUCGAGUAUUGCAUAAUUUUCAAAGUA